GAUCUUUCUCCUCCACUGUUGUGCUUUAGACAUUACUCUACUCUACGAACUAAAACUUUGCAUUCUCUCAGUUUCUUCCUUUUAUUUUGCUUGACAUCAUCACCAUGAGUGGUAAACUGUGGACAGAGGAGCAGUUCAACUGCCCUGUGUGUCUGGACCUCCCCAACGAUCCAGUCACCAUCCCCUGUGGGCACAGCUACUGCAUGGCCUGCAUCAAGGAUUACUGGAGCAAGGACGACCCCAAGGGGAUCUACAGCUGCCCCCAGUGUCGCAAGACCUUCAGCCCCAAGCCCACCCUGUCCAGGAACACCAUGCUGGCAGAAGCUGUAGAGCAGCUUCGGAAGGGGGCCAACAAAUCUGAUGUGCGUGAUUCUAUUCGUAGCGGCCGCAGGGCUUCCUCCUCCUCAUCCAAACCCAAAGCGAAGCUCUCCGCAGCAGCAGUGACCUGUGACAUGUGCAAGGGUGACCGACGAGCAGCUGUCAAGAGCUGCCUGGUGUGCAUGAGCUCCUACUGCGAAUCCCACCUGAAGCCCCACCAGACCAAGAAGGCCCUGAAGCAGCAUGAGCUCAUCGCACCCACGGGUAAUCUGGCCGAGAAGAUCUGCACGCAGCACAAGUACCUGCAGGAGUUCUUCUGUCGCCAGUGCAAGAUCUUCAUCUGCUGGCUCUGCACCAGCGACAUACACAAGGGCCACGAGUGUGUGUCCACCAAGGCCGAGCGAUUGGAGAAACAGAAACUGAUCUCCGAGCUGCAGGUGGGGAAUCAGCAGAGACUAAAAGACAGAGAGCAGGAGCUCAAAGACAUGAAGAAGAUGAUGGAGGGGAUGAAGCACUCCUCAAACAGGGUACAUGACGACACGGAGCAGAUGCUGUCAGAGCUGCAACGCUCCGUGGAGCGUCUGCAGGAGCUCCUGGACGAGGUGCUGGACCAGGCCAGUGUGGAGAAGAUGGGACAGGCCCAGGAGGUGGCGGACAGUCUGGAGGUUGAGAUCAGGGAGCUGAAGAGGAGGGACGUGGAGAUGAAGGACCUGGGGCGCUGCGAAGACCACAUUCACUACCUGCAGAUGUACGAGUCUAUGAUCAGUCCCUUGGAGUCGGGGGACCUUCCCACUGUGGUGGUCAAUCCAGACGCUACCUUUGAGCCUGUACGAGAUGCCAUCCUGGACCUCAGGGAGCGAGUGGAGGACCUGUGCAACCAGGAGCUGAGCAAGAUCACCAAACAAGUUAAUGACACAACACUGUUCACUUUGAGAGACGCCAAUCAGAGCACAGGAGCCAAAGCCGGGAUAUUAAAAUUGUUUUCUGGUUUGGGAUCCCGCAACACAAACAGCCGUUCGCCAGCUUCCUCAUCCAGCAUCUCAGUUGGAGGUCGGAGUACAGACAGAAGAGGACUUGGUUUAGGCUUCCAGAGUCAGGAUGUGAGGAGCAGAAAUACACCACGAGACAUAGGAAACACAAACUCCCCCAGACAGAGGAGAGAGGAACAAGAGACAGUGAGGGAGACCAACACCAGACCCAGCCCGGCUCCCAGCCGCAGAGAGUCCCAGUCCCUCGGGAGCAGGUUCAGUCAGAACCAGGCACCCAGUCCGACUCCCAGCCGCAGAGAGUCCCAGUCCCUCUGGAGCAGGUCCAGUCAGAACCAGGUUGCUCCUGCUGCGUCUCCGACCCCGACUCCAGCUCCAGCUCCUGCAUCAACUGGAGGGUUCAGUCGAAUGGCGUCGAUCAGCAGCCUCUUCCGCUCCCAUCGGCGGGGCAUCAACCAGGCCACCCCGGCUACCUCAGCAAUGCCUGCCAACAACCCAGGAGGAAACCCAUGGGGGAUGGAUGCUUUGUCCGAAACACCAACAGAAAUUAACCCUGGUCUCUUCUUGGACACACCCACCCCUGACACCAUGAAUCACGCUCCUGUUUUCCCUGCAUUGAGAGAAAUCAGCCUCGAAAGCAUCCAGGCCCCAGAGCCAAGAUCCAGAGAGGAGUUCUUGCAGUUCUCUGUGAACUUGACCCUUGACCCCAACACAGCCCACCGACGACUGGCUCUCUCCGAGGGCAACACCAAAGCCAUCCUGCAGAGUGCGACUCAGCCCUACCCCGAUACACCACAGCGUUUUGACGGCUGGACCCAGGUGAUGUGCCAGAGCCCACUGAACGCCCAGCACUGUUACUGGGAGGUGGAGUGGAGAGGCCGCGGCUCCUCUGUGGGCGUGGCUUACGGAUCCUUGAACAGGAAGGGCUCAGAUGCCAGAUCUGGCCUUGGGUACAAUGCACAGUCCUGGACCCUGGAGCUCUCAGACACCUGCUGCUCAGCCAUGCACGACAAUGAGAAGAGGGACAUACCGGUCACCUACUCCCCCCGUCUUGGCAUCUACCUGGACCUGUCCAUGGGUACGUUGGCUUUUUACAGUGUGGCAGAGAGCAUGACACACCUUCACACCUUCCGCACCAACUUCACGCAGCCACUGUAUGCUGUCUUCGGGGUGGGGAGCGGAGUCGGGGUGGGUCUGGACUUUGCCCUCGGCAAGUUUACCUCAAGCAGUGACAGCAUUAAGAUCUGUCCCAUGUGAAAAUGCAAUCUUUUUGCAUAUUUGAAAUGCACUUAGUCAACAAAGUGUGGAGGUAGCUGGGAGAGCACCUUCACCUGGACCUGGAGGAUCAAUCAGCGCAGAUGAGUCUCUGACUGAUCCUCCAAAGAUUAUGUUUUGCACAAAAAAACAAACCAUGAUUGGUGAUCCCAGUCUGUCAACCCAUGAAAUAUCUAACUAUUCAAUGGAUAUUUUUUAAUGUAUUAUUUUUUCUUUUUUAUGUUGGAAUUAUUGUUAUUAUUUGAAUAAUAUUAGGUACUUUGAAAAUCCUGUAUAACCAUGAUCCAAACCCUGGGGUAUUUAAGUUUGGCAAAGGGCUGUGUGGGCCUGUGUC